AUGAGCAGCAACGACUAUAUUAAUAGCCGCUGCAACGUCACUGCCAAUUACACGGGUGGAAGCAAGUUUGAAAGGAAUAUGCACGGGGUCUUCAACAUCUUAACAAAGGAUGCCCCUCCCAGUGGUUUUGCCAACGUUACCAAGGGCAAAGGAUCGGGAAGAGUGUAUGGGCAGGCUCAGUGCAGAGGCGACAUUGAUCCAGAAGGCUGCAACUCUUGCAUCCGUAAUUCCACCCUCGACAUCGUCCAAAAAUACUGCCCCAACGCGAGCGAUGCCAUCAUUUGGUAUGAAAAUUACCAGCUCCGCUACUCCAACACCGACUUCUUUGGUCACCUCAAUGUCGAGGAUUCUGGUAAUUGGUUUUGGAUCAAUGACAAAGUGAAAGAACCUAAUGCCUUCAACCAGAAGUUGGGGAGUCUGCUGAAGAAUCUGGCUUCUCAGGCCACAACAGAGCCGAAUUCAAAGUUCAUGCUUGCGACGGGCAACAUCACAUCCACCGAUUAA